AUGGAGCAUCUGACAAUCGGUGACGCUGCGGUUGCCUCGCGUAUACGCAGUGCAGCUAAGAAAUACAAGCAAGUAGAUGCGAUCGAUCUUAUAAAAGUAGCUGUAGCAACCGAUUGGAAGCAACUUGAACGCGCUACCAUCCCCAUAGCAAAUUCUACAAAAAAUGUUAGGAAUCCGAAAGGGGAUGUAGCUGCAAGGUUCAAUUCAGCCCUAUGGGCUUAUCUUCCAGCACAGGACACAUGCGCUGACACAAAUUCCAAUGCUGACCUAAAACCCAGCGAAAUGGAAUAUACAACAACAGUUCCUUUAACUAGGAGUCGUAAACGUAUGUGUACAGAGGGUAAACUAAAGGGAUCUGUACCUGUGACCCCUUUGAGAAAAGCUUCCAUAUGUGGUAUGGCCAAGGGUCUAGAAAGACUCUUUGGAAAGGCUAAUGAAAAAAGCCACCUAUUCAGAUUCCAUCAGAAUGCUGAAAAAACACCUUUGAAAGGUACUUUAGACAGUGUUAUGAAAGCCGAAGAUAGCCCAAAUUUCAAUUCACAAUAUACUAUGACAGCACUUGAAGAAUGUGAACGUUUUGAACGACUCUCUUCGUAUGAAGAUUCGGUCAGUAGCGACAUCACCAGUUAUAUGGAUGACCCCAAAACACCUUUAUCUGAUGAUGCACCUGAAGAGGUACCUGCCGCAACUUUGGAAGCUUUACGGCAAAAAUGUGAAGGGUUUUUUGAUCAACAUGGGUUGGUCGUAAAGGUCCGGAAACUACCAGCUGAAGGAAGUAUACGGAAGUCGUUACCAACAUCCGAUGGUGACGAUACCAAAGAUACUCUAUGUUACCCAGCAUACCAUUUUGUAUCACGACAACGGGCGCAUAUGUUAGAACAGAUUAUGCGUGGUCGCACUUUCUUGGACACGAGAUGUAACAGCAGUAGCGAGCUGCGUAAUGCGAAAUCACCAUUUACUCUUGUAGAAGUUCGAGAUUUUAUUUUAAAACUAAUUGAAAGCCUUACUAAUGAUAUGGCUGAUCCUGAUUUUAGCGGGAUCUACAUAUCAGUAAGUACCAAAGCUUUUGUAAGUAACAGUGAGUUCGGCCCUGUUAGACGUACCAAGACCAUAGCAUGGGCAAUGAUCGAAUUGCUCACUAGCAAUGAGCGUUGUUUACGCGGUAUAUGGGUACACCCAACUAUAUCUGCCUCUGGUACUACAGCUCUUUUAAGUGCGCUGCUUCCAUACUCUAUCAUGACCAGUUUCAUGAUAUCACCAGCUAUGGUUGACAAUCUUUACCCUGUCAAGACAUUCUGUGUUUGGCUAAAUGAUUUCGAUAUGUUCCCUCGUCAGACACUUGUAUUGUUAACCAGCUUGGAACGUUUCGGUCUGAUAAAGCAUCAUGACCUUGCUGACAACCUUCCUCAUGCGGCAUGUUGCAGCUCCGAGUGUGUUACCUGCACUUCUAAUUUCAAGUUGAGCCAUGUAGAUACUGGUGUUUCUGAGGAGACAUGUUUCUGUCAUGAAUCUGCAAAUUGGGAUGACCUAGAUCAUGUUAUUGUUAGUUGCACCGAACAACUUAUGGAGAACUCAUUACAACGGUGGAUACGAUUGGUACCGGAUCAAGCUAUGCCCGAGCUUCUGGACGAUAUGGAUCAUAUAGUUAUGCCGGAGUCUGUAUCUUAUACCCCUAUAAAGACCAAAGAGUUACAUUCUGCUAUCUGCGAUGCCGAGUACACGGGACUCUCGCAUACGGAGAUCAGGGUGGGUUUUCUAUAA